AUGGUUACGCUUGCAGAUUUACCCAUUGAACUGUUCAUCGACCACAUCUUUCCUAUACUACCGGUCUCUGAUCUCCUCAGUCUCGCGUGCACCAAUCGUUUCUUCAGCCAGCUCGCGUCGGAUGAGCCAUUCUGGCAUAGGAAGAUUCAGGAGGACUUCAACUUCCCCACCUCGGAUACCGCAAGGAAUGCCGGGUGGAAAUUCCUGUACAGAAGAUUAUUUAAUCCAAAGGUACUCGUAUGGGGAGAGCGAAGUAAUGGUCGACUAGGUCUAGGAGAUGGCGAUAUUCCGCACACCACGAUGCGCGAAGGGGCGCCCUUCCCUGUGCGGUUGCACAUUCCCGGCGUUCGGAUUGUGCAUCUUGAGGCAGGCGGAAUGUCAUUUCACGCAUUAGACUCCCAGGGGAAUAUUCACGUCUGGGGAACACUCGAUGGUAGUAGUGCUGCCCUGCGCAGCGAGGGCUACUCCAUUCCGUCAAAGAGAGCGGAACAGCCCAUGCGUCUCAACCUUCCGGUGAUGUUCCGCAGCAUCAGCUGUGGGCGUUUGCACUGCACUGCACUAGAUGCGACGUCGCACGUCUGGACAUUCACAUCGUGGGGGAGACCCUUCAAGAUCAUGUCCCCAUCACUAGACAAGUCUUCGCCAGAAACUACGCCGGUCCAAGUUGAGAGCGGCUGGGCGUUCUCGUCAGUUUUGACGCAGUCAGGCGAUGUGCUGGUGUACUGGCCAUUCGAGGGCCAAAUGGAAACCGCUAUAGCUGCAAAGAAUGUGGAGCUUGACCAACAGAGCGCUGUAACGCAGAACAAAGCACUUCCUACCCAGAAGGAACCGCAAGUGAUACCCUGCUAUCCUUGGGAGCUGCAUGAUGUGCACCCUGUCAGGCUCCCGCCUAUACCUGAUCAAGCCCUUCCAAGGCUCACAGGAACUGGCUUUUCAGACAAGGAGCUCGAUGGCGAGACGAAAUUAGUCAAAAUUGCAAGUAUGGACGAUAUCAUCGUCGGGCUCACCAACAAGGGACAUGUCCUAAUGUAUGCACCGCUUACCGGGGAGGAUGCGUAUCAGCGAGGCGCGUGGAGAUAUCUGCCUGAAUUUAGCGAACUGAAGCACGUCAGGGAACAUCUGACAUUCACAGAAGGAGAGACUCGUUCGGAGGCCCCUGACACAAUGCGGAUCACUCAUAUCUCGGCCCAAUUCAUGACGUUCGUCGCCUACUCCACCGGCGCGCGCUCCGUCGUGCUCAUCGGCAAGCCCAACGACUCUUCUGACACGCGGCCACUCACGCCACAGAUCCUGCCCGCGCUCCAGAACCGUGGGGUCAUUUCCGUCGUGCUUGGGGACUACCACUACGGUGCGCUCACUGCGUCAGGGACGCUCCUAACAUGGGGCGCAUUUUCCAAGGGUGCGCUCGGGCUGGGCGACCCAGCGCAUGUUCCUGCUGGCCAGCCUGGAGGGUAUACGGAUGAGGCCCAGCGGGAGGCAGCCGCGACGCGCUGGGGCUACCUGCGCUUCCCUCCACCGGCGGUGGGGGUGCCGACGGAGGUGAGAUUUGACCACGGAGAGAGCAGGCCGCGCGAACGGUUCUGCUUUGCCGUAGCUGCAGGCGGGUGGCAUAUGGGCGCGCUAGUGAUUGACUUGGAGCGUGACGCGGAGGAUGACGAGGACACCGAACCUCCGAGCAUGCCCGGAUCAUUUCCUGAAGCCAACGAUGGACCGCCGGAUCACGGCGUGCACAUUCUACCGCACACUCCUGGGGCGUAUCCAACGCUGCCUUUCGGGCGCGGUGGCGGCAUCUUCCGGCUGGGGCAUGCGAUGCGGGGAAGAAAUCAGGGGAGAGGAAGGGGGAGAGGAGGGAACGGAGAGUGAUCUGGUGCAGCGAAACAAAUCGGACGGAUGGACAAUGUAAGAUGAUGGAUUUGGGUGUUUAGCUCUGAGCACGGUUUAUUACGACGAAUAUCUGGCACUUGAGGAAGGCGCACUACCGUCAGGACAGCCGCAGUCCUUUGCGCAAUAAUUUCUAUGUUUGGAAUCUGCAGUAUUUCCUUAGCAAAUUUC